AUGAUGAAUUGGCAUCAGUUGCCCACCAGGUACCUAAGCACAAAAAUCAAAAUGAAAUCGAUCAUCCUUGUUGCUCUCGCUCUGGCCGCUGUCGCCGUGGCAGCUCCCACUGAGAAGCAGGCUGAGAUCAUCUCGGCAGUCUACGAACAGCAGCCUGAUGGUAGCUUCCUGUACAAAUUCGCAUCCGACGACGGUAUCACUAAGGAAGAGUCUGGUGAUGUGAAGGAAGUGGUUGAUGAAGAAAACAAGGUGCAGAAAGUCAUCGUAGUCAGGGGAUCUUACUCUUACCCUGGUGAAGACGGCAAGCCCAUCAUCAUCCAGUACGUCGCCGAUGAGAGCGGCUUCCACCCCGAGGGAGACUCCAUCCCCAAGAACCCAGCUCCUGCCAGGAGAUAAGCUACCAACGACCGAACACUCGCUUCUAAACGAACAAUAUGGAACCUGAACAAUGACUGAUAAGCUUAACAGACACUGCCGUGGAUGAUAGCUGAAAAGGUUAAAUUUUAUAUUUUUAAAUAUUUUUUUAUUUUUGUAAGAAAUAUUUAAAAAUGUAAUUAGCAAGUUAAAUCAAUAAAUGAAUUUAAAUUAUAA